CAAAAUUUGUAUAUUCGAUUAAUGUUUGGCACCACGCGAUGAGUGGAAAGAACGCAAAUUGUAAAGGAAAGAAGAGAAAGCCUUCCUUAUUAGAGUAUUCAAAGUUACCUGAUUUUUUGGUUGGGCACGAUCAACAAAUUGUAAAACUUUACGAGAGGGUAUGCGGUUGGUUACUGGCACAAAGGCGAAUAGCUUCGAAUCUUCUUGAGUUGCCCGAAGAAAAGAAUCCAAGACGCUCGGUUGCGGUCCUCGUGGGUCCGUCAGGAGCAGGCAAAACUACACUUUUGCUAGCAGCUUUGAAGUCUUGUCAAUACAGUUGGAUAGAAUUCAACACGCACACUGAUUGGAACAAUUCGAGGGUGUUGCAAACUGUCAAAAAUGCGGAAGAGAACAAUUCUUUGGUGCGAGACACAAGUCAUGUAGCAUUUAUCUUUGAGGAACUUGAUAUUAUAUUGGAUAUGGAGCCUCUUUGUAGCGCAAAUUUUGCAACCCUUUCCUCCAAAUGCAAGUUUCCAAUACUAGUGACUUGUAAUAACUUCCGAAAGCUUCAUUCCAAAUUUUCGAAACUUUUUUCGUUCGAGAUAUUUGAUUUUACGUUGUUAUAUGAAAAAGACAAUUAUGAGAGAAAUCUUCUUCUCUAUAUUACAGGGAUAGGAGAUAGAAGACGUGUAGAAUAUACUACUCAAUUUUACAGCAGUAAAUCCAAUCAAGAUUUGGAACGAAUGAUGAUUUGUCAUUUAUCAGGGAUAUGGAAUGAGAAAUUAUUAUCUUGGUUAUCUAAUCUUUGUAGGGAUCAAUAUCAAGUUGAGGAAGCAGAAUGCUAUGAUGGACCUUUGUUUUCCUCCACUUUGGCUGUUGCUUGGUAUCGGUACACGUUUUACAAACUAACUGUUGAUGCACAACAACACAUGGGAAGUCGUUUUUCAUAUUUGAUGGAUAAUCUUGUGACAGCAAGUCAGACGUAUUGUACCUUUGGAAAUCUGAUCGGAGCUCAAGCACUCAAGUUGGUAAUAAAACCUUGGUUUGUUACUUUCCAAGGUUAUCUGAAAGAUGAAGAAGAUGACAGUCUGAUACAAGAGGUUGUCUCGGAUAGACGUCUUUUUUGUAGACGACGUUGGAUGGAAGAAAUGAAAUACAAAAUACCAAACUUGCUCAAUUGUUUGGCAUCAUCGCGAAUAGUGUUCACAGAGCUAUUGCCAAGUGCUUUAUCUAUUUUUGAUUCUGAGCGCAAGUAUAUCAAGAGGCAAUGCAAAUUUCGAAAAAGCUAUUUAGAACGUUGGGAAAUGGAUACCCUUGUUCCUUUACUUCAUUCUUUGAUAGAGGAACGGGAGUGAAUGAGAUUGAAAAUUCCCGUCUUGA